AUGCCUUCAUUGAAAGCUGCUACACUGGCUAUACUGGCCGCCACGGCUGCGGCGUUGCCUACCACUCAGCGAGCCGGGUAUAGGAGACAAGCUCAGAACGGGACAACUAAUGCUGCUGCUCCCGCUGCGUUGAGUGACCCUGAUAUUUUGCAAUUCGCUCUUACGCUGGAACACCUCGAGGAGGCAUUCUACCGACAGGGGUUCGCCAAGUUCCCCGAUUCUGACUUUGCCGCGCUGGGCUUGAAGCCGAACCAAAUCCAAGAUCUCAAGGGAAUUGGCAAGACGGAACAAGAACACGUCACCUUUCUCCAAUCGGCACUCGCCCAAGCUGGUGUGCAACCUGUAAAGCCAUGCGAGUACGACUUCAAGUUCACCGACGCCAAGGGCAUGGCUACAACGGGAGCGCUGCUCGAAAACGUCGGUGUGUCCGCCUAUCUCGGCGCCGCAAAGCUCCUCAAAGACCCGGCCAUCUUAACAGCCGCCGGAUCCAUCCUUACCAUCGAGGCGAGACACCAGAGCUCGCUCCGCGUGCUGCUCGGCCAGACAGCCGUGCCGCAAGCCUUUGACGCGCCUCUCGGCCCAACUGCCGUCUUCUCCCUCGCCGCCCCUUUCAUCAAGUCGUGUCCCCAGGGAUCCAACCUGGCCAUCACGGCUUUCCCCGCGCUGAGCAUGGCCCAGGGACAAGAUGCGAGCGCUCUGGCGGUCGGAAACACCGUCAAGGUAUCAGCAGCCAGUGGUGCUUCCGGCGCUACAAACUGCGCCUUUACCUCUGGAGGCGUGGUCCCCGGCGGCACCGUCUUCACACCCUUUUCCGAAGCGAACGGCUGCCAGAUUCCCAGUGGUGUCGCAGGAGUGACAUAUUUGUCCCUGUCUAGCUCGGCACCGCUGGAUGGCGUGCUGACGGAUGCAAUGACCGUUGCUGGGCCCAUGAUUCUGGCCCUAUGA